CGGGGCCCCGGGACUGUUCCCCCCGGGAGCAGCGGAGCUGCGCUGUGGGCCCCUCCCGGAUUCUAGCGGACGCCGGGCGCGGGCACUGGAGCGGGUGUGCAGUUAAAAGGCAGCUACCGAGCGGGCAGUCGAGCGGAGUGUUCGCGGGUCACCGGCUGCAGGCGCGAUGAGACCGGGAGAGGAGCGGCCCUUGGAGGGGGGCGCUUGCAGCGGCGUCUCCCAGCUGGAGCUGCUGAAGCUGCGCGCCGCGGAGCGCAUUGACGAGGCGGCCGAGCGCCUGGGGGCCCUGAGCCGCGCGAUCUGGAGCGAGCCCGAGCUGGCCUACGAGGAGCACCGGGCCCACGGCGUGCUGACGCGCUUCUUCGAACGCGAGCCUCCAGCUGCCUCUUGGGCAGUGCAGCCGCACUACCAGCUGGCCACGGCCUUCCGCGCAGAGUGGGAGCCGCUGGGGGUCCGUGCAGCGCGGCGCCCGCUGCAGCUGGGCUUCCUCUGCGAAUACGACGCGCUGCCCGGCAUCGGGCACGCCUGCGGCCACAACCUGAUCGCCGAGGUCGGGGCGGCGGCCGCGCUGGGCGUGAAGGGGGCCCUGGAGGGGCUCCCCGGGCCGCCUCCGCCGGUGAAGGUAGUUGUCCUGGGAACGCCUGCAGAAGAAGAUGGUGGUGGCAAAAUUGAUUUAAUUGAAGCGGGGGCUUUUAAAAAUCUUGAUGUUGUUUUUAUGGCCCACCCAUCCCAAGAGAAUGCUGCUUAUUUACCUGAUGUGGCUGAACAUGAUGUGAUUGUGAAAUACUAUGGAAAAGCAUCUCAUGCUGCUGCAUAUCCCUGGGAAGGAGUAAAUGCAUUAGAUGCUGCCGUUCUCGCCUACAACAAUCUGUCUGUGUUGAGACAGCAAAUGAAACCAACCUGGAGAGUUCAUGGCAUAAUAAAAAGUGGUGGUGUAAAACCCAAUAUCAUUCCGUCUUAUUCUGAAUUAAUCUAUUACUUCCGUGCACCCUCAAUGAAAGAACUUCCAGUUUUGACCAAAAAGGCAGAAGAUUGCUUCAGAGCUGCAGCUUUGGCUACUGGGUGUACAGUAGAAAUUAAAGGUGGAGCACAUGAUUAUUACAAUGUUCUUCCCAAUAAGAGCCUAUGGAAAGCUUAUAUUGAAAAUGGAAAAAAACUGGGAAUAGAAUUUAUUUCAGAAGAUGCAAUGUUGAACGGCCCUUCAGGAUCGACUGAUUUUGGAAAUGUUACUUUUGUGGUUCCUGGGAUUCAUCCAUAUUUUUACAUUGGAUCUAAUGCCUUGAAUCAUACAGAACAAUAUACUGAAGCUGCAGGGUCUCAAGAAGCUCAGUUCUACACUUUGCGUACAGCCAAAGCUCUGGCAAUGACUGCGUUGGAUGUUAUUUUUAAACCAGAGUUGCUGGAGAGAAUCAAAGAGGACUUUAAAUUGCAACUUCGAGAAGAAGAGUUUUUAAAUACAGUAGAAUAAAAGGAAGACCUAGGAGCCACUUAUGGAUCAUUAAGAAGUACUGAUUUUUUUCUUGAAUCUUUUUUAAUAAUGGAGGAGGGUGUGCUUAAUUUUUAGUCUUAAGGGAAUCAAAUUCCUCUUACCUGAAGAGGGAGGCCAUGAUCCAUGAUGCAGAGAAAACACAUUACCUCAUAUCUAAAAUGAAAAAUUUCAGGGGCGCCUGGCUGGCUCAUUCGGAGGAGUGUUCAACUUUUGAUCUCAGGUGGUUGUUGAGUUUGAGCUGAUACGUAAUGGCUUUUCUUUUCUUUUCUUUUCUUUUCUUUUCUUUUCUUUUCUUUUAAGAUUUUAAGUAAUCUCUACAUCCAACAUGGGGCUCAAACUCACAAAGCCACAAGAUUAAGAGUUGCACGCUCCUCUGACUGAGCUAGCUGGGCACCCCUGUAAUGGCAUUUCUUUUUCUUUUUCCAUUUCUUUUGCGAUGGCAUUUCUUAAUCUGGAUGAUCCAUGGCUUAUCAGUGAUAAUAUUUUAUAAAUUCAUAUGUUGUGGAGCUAUAUUUUAAAAGAUCAGGGGAUUUCAAACUUUAUAUUUAGAAUUGAUCCAUGAAAGAUUUUUUUUUUCUUUCUUUCUUUCUUUCUUUCUUUCUUUCUUUCUUUCUUUCUUUCUUUUGGU